CCUACACACGAAGCUGCAUGUAGUCGACCACGUGUUGUGCUCACCGUAAAGAAAGAUCCUCUGUAUUGUGAGGUUUGAUGAUUAGCAUUUCCAAGGAUUUCAUCGGAUCGAAAUCAGAAUCGUAAGAAGACUGGAAAAAAUUGGCAGCGAAUAUGAUGAGACCUGCGUUUGCUUACACUGUUGUGUAUGUGAAGGACGUAGCUAAAUCCGUAGAAUUCUACUCUAGAGCUUUUGGUCACAACGUCCGUCGUCUUGACGAGUCCCACAGGUGGGGGGAGCUAGAGAGCGGGCAAACGACAAUAGCGUUCACACCACUUCACCAGCAUGAGACCGACGACCUAACCGGGAAGGUUCAGGCUACGCAUACAGCCCGUGAAAGAGCACCCAUCGAAGUCUGCUUCUGUUACCCCGAUGUUGAUGCCGCUUUUAAGAGAGCGGUGGAGAACGGUGCGGUGGCAGUGAGCGAGCCGGAAGACAAAGAAUGGGGUCAGAAGGUUGGAUACGUGAGAGACAUUGACGGCAUCGUUGUGAAGAAAUGCCCUUUUCCAAGGAAUCUUGAACAAGUAAAGUUUCUGCAUGAACAAGACUGGCUUUGUUCGCUUCUUCUUUCAUCUUCUCCAUCGUGUCUUCCUCUGCCACAAACGAAGUUGAUGAUUUCCUUACAUCGCAUAUAUUUCAUCAUCGUCCUCUUCACACUAACUUUCCAUGGCCGUCUUGGAUUUUCCGACAACACUAAACUCCACGAGGCCGAAGUGAGGGCAUUAAAGGAGAUAGGGAAGAAGCUAGGGAAGAAAGAUUGGAACUUCAACAAAGAUCCAUGUAGUGGUGAAGGCAAUUGGGUUGUAACAACUUACACAACCAAAGAGUUUGAGAGUAAUAUCACUUGUGAUUGCUCCUUUCUUCCUCCAAACUCAUCUUGCCACGUCAUUAGAAUAGCUCUCAAGUCGCAGAACUUAACAGGCAUUGUCCCUCCAGAAUUCUCUAAGCUUCGUCACCUUAAGGUUUUAGACCUUAGCCGUAACUCUCUGACUGGUUCCAUUCCAAAGGAAUGGGCUUCUAUGCGCUUGGAAGAUUUAUCUUUCAUGGGGAACCGAUUGUCUGGUCCAUUUCCGAAAGUCCUAACCCGCCUUACAAUGCUCAAAAACUUGAGCCUAGAAGGAAAUCAGUUUUCAGGACCAAUCCCUCCUGAUAUUGGAAAGUUGGUUCAUUUAGAGAAACUUCAUCUUCCUUCAAAUGCUUUCACUGGUCCAUUGACUGAAAAACUUGGAUUGCUCAAGAACCUGUCAGAUAUGAGGAUAAGUGAUAAUAAUUUCACUGGACCAAUACCAGAUUUCAUCGGCAAGUGGACAAGAAUAAUGAAACUGCAGAUGCAUGGUUGCGGUUUGGAUGGUCCGAUACCUUCCAGUAUUUCUACCUUAACAAGCUUGACAGACCUGAGGAUUAGCGACCUAGGAGGCAAACCGUCUUCCUUCCCUCCGUUGAAGAAUUUGGAGUCUAUCAAGACGCUGAUACUGAGAAAAUGCAAUUUAAAUGGCCCAAUUCCAAAAUAUAUUGGGGAUAUGAAGAAGCUCAAAACACUUGACCUCAGUUUUAAUCUCCUAAGUGGUGAGAUUCCUUCAUCGUUUGAAAAUAUGAAGAAAGCCGAUUUCAUUUAUUUGACAGGAAACAAAUUGACAGGAGGUGUUCCAAACUACUUUGUCGAAAGAAACAAAAAUGUAGAUGUUUCUUUUAAUAACUUUACUGAUGAAAGUUCAAUUCCUAGUCAUGACUGUAACCGAGUUACUUCGAAUUUGGUGGAAAGCUUCGCCUUGGGAAACAAAUCACACAAAGGUUCAACCUGUUUUCUUCAGCGCAUGCCUUGUGUUCAUCCUAAGAGACAUCAUAUGUAUAAAUUGUACAUAAAUUGCGGAGGAGGUGAAGUAAAAGUGGAUAAAGGAAUAACAUAUCAGGCUGAUGACGAACCCAAAGGUGCUUCUAUGUACGUCCUUGGCGGUGACAAGCACUGGGCUUUGAGCAGCACCGGGAACUUCAUGGACAAUGAUGACGAUGCUGAUGAUUAUACUGUGCAGAACACAUCCAGGCUAUCAAUUAAUGCUUCCUCUCCCAGCUUUGGACUUUAUAGGACAGCUCGAGUCUCUCCUUUAUCGUUGACUUACUAUGGACUUUGUCUCGGAAAUGGGAACUACACUGUGAAUCUCCACUUCGCUGAGAUCAUCUUUACUGAUGACAAUACAUUAUACAGCCUCGGAAAACGUUUGUUCGAUAUUUAUGUUCAGGAUCACUUAGUGAUUAAGAACUUUAACAUUCAAGAAGCAGCUCGAGGAUCUGGUAAGCCAAUCAUAAAAUCGUUUCUGGUAAAUGUGACGGACCAUACUCUGAAGAUCGGUUUGCGAUGGGCUGGCAAAGGAACAACAGGAAUUCCUAUUAGAGGAGUAUAUGGUCCUAUGAUCUCAGCUAUAUCUGUGGAACCCAAUUUCAAACCUCCGGUAUAUUAUGACAUAAAGGCUAUCAUACUAAAAGCAGGGAUACCUGUUGCUGCAGCAACACUUCUUUUGUUUUUCAUAUUGGGUGUAUUCUGGAAAAAAAGGCGUGACAAAAAUGCUAUUGAUAAAGAGCUAAGGGGUUUGGAUCUUCAAACUGGAACUUUUACUCUACGACAGAUAAAAGCAGCCACUGAUAAUUUCGAUGUAUCAAAAAAGAUUGGUGAAGGUGGAUUUGGCUCUGUUUACAAGGGUGAAUUAUCUGAGGGAAAAUUAAUUGCCUAUUUGGAGAACAACUGUCUAUCUCGUGCGUUAUUUGGAAAGGAUGAGAGUUCUAGACUGAAACUAGACUGCACUCGUAUUGCAGGAACUAUAGGUUAUAUGGCUCCCGAGUAUGCGAUGCGUGGCUACCUGACUGAAAAAGCAGAUGUUUAUAGCUUUGGCGUCGUUGCACUCGAAAUCGUGAGUGGAAAGAGUAACACAAACUUUAGGCCAACCGAGGACUUUGUUUACCUUCUUGAUUGGGCUUACGUUUUGCAAGAGAGGGGAAGCUUACUAGAGCUGGUUGAUCCAACGUUAGUCUCAAAUUACUCAGAAGAGGAAGCCAUGCUGAUGCUGAACGUGGCAUUGAUGUGCACUAACGCGUCACCGACACUAAGGCCUACAAUGUCGCAGGUGGUGAGUCUCUUAGAGGGAAAGACAGCGAUGCAAGAGUUGCUGUCGGAUCCAAGCUUCUCAACAGUUAACCCGAAGCUUAAAGCAUUGAGGAACCAUUUCUGGCAAAACGAGCUGAGCAGAUCACUUAGCUUCUCCACAAGCGGGCCUCGUACUGGCUCUGCUAACUCACUCGUUGAUGCUGAGGAGAAAACUGGACUUUUGGAUUAAGUUCUUAAAAUUCCAAAAAAUUUAGUGAGAUUCGUGGGAGUGGUGAAGUUUUCACCAAUAAAAAAGAGUUUGCUUU